AUGGCGACUCCAGCGCCGGUCGACGCGAAAGCGUACUAUGGCUACCUCUUCCAGGAGGACAAGGGGCCAACCGCGGUCCUUGACGCAUUGCUCAGGGCUAUCGGUCAAUAUAUCAUUGACGAACUCGGUGACAAGAACGAACAUGUCUUGUCUCCCAAGAAAAUGGCAGCCUACUAUCAGGCUGUCGGAGGGAACUAUGACUCCCUCUUCCUGAAGGCGCCGCAUCAGUCCAUCUCGUACAUCUGGCAGGUCACCGGCUGUCAACACACCCUCCAGCCUUCAGAGGACGACUUCAGCGCCCCAAACAUCCCGGCGCUGACCCUGAAGGGCUUUGUUCGCUGGCAGAGCAUCGAGACGCUGCUCUCGCCCGAGGAACAUGUGCCCUUCCUGCAGUUUGCUGUCAAGAAUUGGGGACUCAAGAACCCAGACACCAACGAGCCCUUCCCUGCCGACCUGCCCAAAGAAGCCUUUCCUACCGAGCCCGACCCCGAGAUUGAUCGGUGGCACAAGCAGUGCGCAGAGAAACUACGCCGCGAGGCCACACCCAAGGACGACACGCCACCCUCGUUCUCCGACAGGGUGAACAGCUCCUUUGCCCAUGUGCGGGUACCUCCGGGUGGGCCGGGUUCGAGGCAGCACACUUCCUCCUCGCCACGAGCCCGGAAUAUUGAGCAGGAGUACUUCAACCCGACCGUGGCCUUCGCCCACGUCGCCCCCGCGGGCAAGUAUGUUCCCCGGUCUGCUGGGCUGCACGAAUCACCCGACCGGCUUGGCCGCGGGUUAUUUGCGGAGGACCGCGCACGACGCCGAAGCUUCUCAGACUAUCCGUCGCCUCCUCACGAGCAGCAUCCGAUGCGCACGUCUAACUCGGCGACCCAUCUGGAUCCGCCGCACUAUGUCCAGCAGCGGCGCCAUAGCCAGCCGCGACACAUCUCAUCGUCCAGCGACUCGGACGAACCGUUGAGCCCUCGGACGGCCAAGCGGAGGCACCACCCGCGCAGCGAUGACCAGCCACCCCCGUCGGUGCGCCGCUUCAUGGCACCUCCGGAAGCCCCCAAUGCGCCCCCGGCGGUCGCAGGAUUCAGACCGGACGGGCACAGGCGUCGGGACGACCGUGGAGAGGAGACGCGACGCCGCAGCGGGUUCCACCCCCUAGACAAAAUUACCUCCAUACUGCCGAGCGGGCUCAUCGGCGGCUCGACGGCCGACAAGCCGCGAAGUGGCUCACGCUCGCAUGGCAGCAGCUUGAGCUCCUCGCGCUACUCCCGCGAGAAUCUGGGGUCUAGGCUCAGCAGGACUUGGUCCUACGAUGAUGAAGACGACGAAGAUAUGAGCGGUGAACAAAGCCCCAGGACUCGGAGUCGCAGCCAGCGGCAUCGCGACCGUGAUCGGGAUCGCGAACGGGGCAGCGACCGGGAACGUGAGAGGGAUAGGGACCGCGAGCGGGAGCGAGACAGGGAUCGGGACAGGGACAGGGACAGCGAUAGACACAGAGACCGCGAUAGAGACCGGGACAGGGAUAGAGACCGCGACCGGGACCGGGAUCGCGAUAGAGACAGAGAUAGGGACAGGGACAGGUUACGAGAACGUCCAAGGGAGCCCAACUGGGAAGGGGAGAGGUUAUCUCGCAGCCGCCGUGACCGGGACCGGUAUUUACAGAGACCAGAAGCUCAGCGGAGAACAAGCAGCCAUGCUGAUAUCGACAGGCACAGGGAUCCGGAACUGGAUGAGCGGGAGCACGAGCGGGAGCGCAGGAAGUGGCAGAACCGCAUGCCCAGCCCGGUCGUGACUGGAGUCGGGGGGAGGAAAUAUCCCACUGAGGCAUGGGGUUAG